GCCGACCGGUGAAGUCAGUCUUGCGCGCGAUUCCGAACGCGUACGCCGGUCGAGAAGACGAGGAUUUUGAACGAAUACCGAUUAAAGACGAACAUUACUAAAAACCGAAUUCGAAAUUCAAAUGUGCGAGUGAUUGUUCCAGUGUAUUUUUUUUAAUGAAAACUACACGAAAGUCUCAAGUUGUUUGCUUUGUUGACUUGAAACAGCUGUCAAAAUAUUCGCAGUUUCAAGAAUAAGACUUAAAUUCAGUCCCAGACAUCUCCAAUGAAAGUGAAUCCAGCUACCCACGGAACACCGAAACUGUUAUUGAAUUCGUGAAGUCGAUUAUAAAAUGUGUUGAACACAGAAAACUAGCCUCGAUCUCGUCCCAGUUUUAGUUAUGAAAAUGAUUUUGAAAGUCACUUGAAAACAAAAUGGCGCACAAAGUUAAAACCAACCACUACGUCGCUACGCAUAGGUCAGGGGUGGACUCCCCUUCCUCUGGAGGAUUUCUACACAGAGCAUCUUCAAGAGAUGAAAAUGACAGUCACCGUGCACCCUCUGAGAGGACGCUAUCGGAAUAUACGACGAUAGACGAACGCAAACGCUCGCCCUCCGGUGGCGAGCAUCGAAAUGGUAAGAGGCCCAAUGGAUCUCCAAGAGACUCGGGCUCGGAGGUGUACGUCACCAGCGCCGCUUACAGACCACCCUCGGAGAUCAGUCGUCAGUCUCGAGCCCCUCGCAGCGUGUACUCCUACCGUAGCGCCGUGGCACCCUCCCUCGCCUCCACACACCGCUCCAAGGUCUCCAGGAAGGCCGGUGUCCGUGUGGAGGCGAUGUCUGCUCCCAACCCUUUCUGUCCCAACGUGAAAGGCAUGUGCUGUCUGAUGCUGCUCCUCAACCUCGGCCUGAUCCUCGUCACGCUCGGCUUCGUCAUCGUCCUGCAGUUCUUUGAACCUCUCUUCGUCUGGAUCUUGGGUAUAGUGUUCCUCAUCUUCGGGUUCAUAACGCUGGUGGGAAGCCUCAUCUACUGCGUGGUUCUGUGCAGGGAGAACCCUUACCCGAGGUACCCCGACCACUUCUACUGGACUCAUCACUGGUCCAAGACCAUCGGACCCUCGGAGAUCCACUACAGCGCCAGCGAGAAGCCCUACAGACAGACGGAACACAGAUACAAUAAAUAUAACGGAAAAUAUUCAGACAGAGAGAGCGCCAAAGGUUACUCAGACAGGGAGAGUAAACUCAGCCGGUACUAGUAUCCGAACGAUGACAAUGACAUUGACAAUGACGUGUUGAAUUGAAUUUGACAGUCAUUUUGACAGCUGUCAUUGAAUAUGAAUAUAAUUUUGGCAUUGGCAAACUCCCUGGUCCCAGUGCGCAUGAAGGCAUAGUUUAAAAAAAUAUACAAUUUUUUAAAUGUAUUUAAAUGUCAUUGUGUUGUCUGCAUAGAAUCCUCCAACGAUUUUUAAAAUAAAAUUAAUAUAAGAUCUGAUUAAAUACAUAUUUUUAGUUAGUGAUCUUUUUUAUUUUAUAAUUAACAUAGUAAUAUUUAACCUAAGCGUGUAUUUAUAACAAUUUUUUUGUAAAUAAUAUUUUAAGUUUUUUUAUAAAAAUGCCAUAUUAAUUUACCUGUCAUUGAAUAUAAGGGAAAUGAGAUUGAUGACGUCAGAUAAAAAUUUUUAUUAAUAUAUUUUCAAUUAUAUUUGUUGUAUCGCUGUAUAAUUUAUAUAUGUAAUAAAUGAAUUUUAUACUGAA